CAGCAAGGUCAGAAUCGCGUCUCUACUGUGUUCUCAUUUUAGAUCCAUGUUGCGUACUGUAGAGACUGCACUUGUCAUCGCCGUUUUUGGAUAUUGUAUCAUGCAACAUGGAUCUGAUUACGAGCACAGUGUAAGAGCAAUUUCUGACAUCGGCGAUGGAGGUCAUCAAGAAGGUACCGCCAGAGCCUUGUCAUGUACCCUGUCAGCAAACGGAUCUACAAACAUCUGUGCGCAGAUCAAAUACUGCCCGCAUAGAAGGAAACCGAUUUCGAUUUCUACUGUAUGCACUAGAGUCGAUGAGCGUCGUUUCCAGCUCCUUCAAGGGUAAUCUGCCAGAAGCCGAGUUUGGAGUUCGCAACACGAAUCAACUAACCACCUGAAAGUGUGGGAGUCAUCUCGCUCUACUCCCCAUCGGUUUCCCGUAGAUUCAACCUCUUGGCUCCCGAACCCACUUCGUACGCACAGAGAGGCCGCAAUGGUAGAAGGCAGUUUCACCCAAGUCAAUCGGCGACUUGAAGACGAGCGUCGCGCCAAGUUCUGCGGUACUGCCAGCAUCAGUAUAUCGUCAUUGAAGCCAACGCCGAGGACGGCGGACCGCGUUCGUCGGCCCGUUUCCGAACCGCUCAAGAGGUUAUACCGAGAGGAGCAUGGGUGCCGACAAGAAGAUCAUCGACACCAUGCAAAGGCGACAAUCAGUCAAUUCGACCUGGAAGCCGCCCUGACGAACGCAGGGAUCACGGCCUCUCGGCUCCAGAGCGAUGCGUUGCCCUACCCAGUUCUCGGGCUACCGCCUGGUGUACAGCUCGAAUGCCUCCAGGGGUCAGAUCGUAUCAUGGCAGCCGACGACGUGUUCGACGGGGCGGACAAGCAUUGGACAGUCGACCUGUAUCUAGACGAUCUGAGCGACGAUCUGCGGACGCUUUUUGUCGAAGAGUAUGAGUACCAAAAGGAACCCGACGAUGGCGAGUUCUACUGCAAGAUUCGGGGAUACCAGGGACAUCACGGCGACGGAAACCCUUUCUUUGAGAGGAUCUGGCUGGGACGGCUGGCCGCUCUCUCCAAGAACCGUCGACACCUUCUGGAUCAACUGUUCCGCCACAAGAAAUACACCGACGCCUUCGACGCACUCUUGGCUGUCCCCGCGCUCUUUUGCGGAUUUCGACUCACCGUGGUACACCAGGUCAUAUGCAUGAGGUGCGAAGAGCCUAACUUACAUUACUUGCAACACAUUCUCAAGGUCUGGAGCGAGAUAUGCGGCGGCGACUCCCGGGCUAUGCGGCUCAUCGAUCGACCAACCAUAGAGCGCUUACAGGGAAAAGCGCCCGGAUCGUUCAGUGCGGACCACGACGAGCUCCUGAGCGACCUCAGCAGUGGGCGCAUCUUUGGAAACUUCUCCGAGCAACAACGAGAAGAAAUCAGAGCUCGGGUCUGUAACGUCUCGCGACAACAUUUGAUACCGUCGCUCUUCACUUUCUUUGAGGACCGAAAGUUCCUUCGCGCUGCCGCCGACUGCAUGAGACGGCUGACAGGCGUCGACUCCAAAGUUACGGUUUCGAGCCGCCUGGAUGAGAUGUUUCUGGACUCACACCAGCAGGCUGAUCGGUGCAUAGUACAGCUGUCUCCGACGGCAUAUGUGACCGUUCCGGGAGAUGCGGCAACCCGUUUCGACCUUGGCUGCCGGCAGUUAUGGCUUGCCGCCUUCCGAGAGUUCCGGGAACUGCCGACGGAGGUGAAGAAAAAGGACACACUUGCAAAGGCUCGCGGGAGAGCAGACGAGACGACGCUUUUCCAGUUCGCUUCUCUUGCGAACAGACUGGGCUUCGAAUCGAACGAGAUAAGCAACAUUAUGAAGGCGUCCCCGGAUAUUGAAGUCGCCAAACGUCUCUUGCUCUCGGCGAGGAGGCCAGGGCAGUAUCGCUUUCCCGAUCUGGACAAAUGCAUACAAAAGUGACGGAGAUAUUGGCAACGGCACAGCCACUGUCUGCUGCAGAGGCGGCGUCUGAGUCUGGUCUGAGCGAACUGUGCGCGGAGCCGCCGAUCCGUUGUGGGAUUCCUCGCAGCAACGAUCACGACCGCGACCAACCGAGACUGUUUCUUCCUAGUGUACUCUCAGAGUUCAACGCCGGGCAAACACGGGUUACUUCGUUUUUCAUACGAAAAUCAGUUUACUUGUCGUACUUCGGCCUCCCCCUAUCCCUGGCACACUUUGCUGCCGACCAGCAGCUAACACAUCAUUUUGAUCUGGGGAUCAACGCAGUCAGUCCCGCAGAUAGAGCGACUCUCGGUUUUGAAGCACACACGAGUACGGCGGCACAGGCAGAGGCGCAAUCGGGGCUCGAUCAGCUCAAUGAGCUUUCUCAAAUCGAGCAGGCCAAGCUUGACCA